AUGGGAGACUACGACUAUCUCAUCAAAUUUCUCGCACUUGGAGACUCGGGAGUCGGAAAAACGUCGUUCUUGCACCGCUACACAGACAACACAUUCACCGGCCAAUUCAUCUCGACAGUCGGAAUCGAUUUCAAGGAGAAAAAAGUGGUUUACAAGAGUUCACGUGGCGGGUUCGGUGGGCGUGGCCAGCGGGUUUUGCUCCAGUUGUGGGAUACCGCAGGACAGGAGAGAUUCCGCUCUCUGACGACAGCCUUCUUCCGUGACGCGAUGGGAUUCAUUCUGAUAUUUGAUAUCACGAAUGAGCAAUCGUUCUUGAAUAUCAGAGACUGGUUGUCUCAGUUGAAAGUGCACGCUUAUUGUGAGCAACCGGACAUUAUCAUCUGUGGAAAUAAGGCGGAUUUGGAGAAUCGGAGACAGGUUAGCACCGCACGUGCUAAGCAGUUGGCGGAUCAGUUGGGCCUCCCAUACUUCGAGACCUCUGCUAGCACCGCCGUGAACGUCGAAAAAUCCGUGGACUGUCUCCUUGACCUGGUAAUGCAACGAAUCCAACAAUCUGUCGAAACGUCGUCACUUCCACUAUCCGAGUGCCGUGGAGUCAGUCUGGAUGGAGAUCCGAAUGCGACCAACUCCUAUUGUGCUAAUUGUUAG